AUGCCAGCUGGCUGGGAGUUAGCUUUACCAUACAGCAAAGUUCCUGGCCCAAAAUCCAUACCCGUACUGGGCAUAAUGCACCACUUUUUCCCAGGAGGAAAGUACGGUAAUAUGAAUUUCCGUGAACGCUACACUAAAAUGAACCAAGAAUACGGCGAUUUAGUGAGACUCAAAGGAUUUGAUGGCAAAGAAGAUAUAUGUGUUAGUUUCAAUCCGGAUCAUUUCGAAACGAUCUUCAGAAACGAUGGCGCCACGCCAAGAAGGAAUAUAUUCGACACGCUACGAUAUUACAGAACAAAAAUCAAUCCUGAAAUAUAUAAGGAUAAUAUUGGAGUACUGAUCGAAAACGGAGAAAAAUGGAAGAAAUUGAGAUCCAUGGUGAAUCCAGUUUUAAUGCAACCUAGAGUUUCAAAACAAUAUGUCAAGUCUGUAGAAGGAAUUGUUGACGAGUUUAUAACGAGGACACUAAGGCUUCGUGAUAAAAAUCUAGAAACUCCAGCAAAUUUUUUAAACGAGCUAAAUCGAUGGGCUCUCGAAUCGAUUACUUGCAUAGCUCUGGACACGCGUCUGGGAUGUUUGAGGGAUGACCUGGCACCAGACUCGGAGCCACAAAGAAUGCUAAAAGCUGUCCAUGAAUUCUUUGCCUUGACACACGCUUUGGAGUUCAAGCCGCACCCUUGGAAAACGAUCAAGACUCCCGGAUUUUAUAGGCUUAUGGAAGUUUUCCAAAUAAUAAAUGAUUUAUCUCUGCAAAAAGUUGAAGAAGCUAUGGAACGUAUGAAAAAUGAGCCUGUGCAAGAUGACAGAGAGCAGAGCAUUUUACAAAAAUUGAUCAAAAUCAACCGAAACGUGGCAGUUGUGGUUGCUAUGGACCUUCUUCUGGCAGGCGUAGACACGACAUCAUACACUACGUCCAUUUUGCUGUAUCAUCUGAGCAAACAUCAGAGAGCGCAAGAUAAGCUAAGGGAGGAACUCAGAGGUAUAUUGCCCGAGAGGCAUUCCAAAUUAAAGGACAAUUCGUUCGAUAGAAUCCCGUACCUGAGGGCCUGCUUGAAGGAAUCGACUAGGAUCACCCCGGUCGGGGUCGCUAAUCUCCGGACGACUCAAAGGGAUAUCGUGCUUUCAGGAUACAGAAUACCGAAAGGGACUCAUAUGAUUCUGUGCACGCAAAUAGCAAGUGUCAGUCCAAGCCAACAUGAGAGACCAAACGAAUUUAUUCCAGAACGUUGGCUAAGGCAAGACAAGAAGGGAUUGGAAACUGAUAUGAGCAGUGAUGUGGCGGGCUGCCCGAAUGCGAAAACUGCCAAUCCGUUUAGCCAACUGACAUUUGGUUUCGGUGUACGGAGCUGUAUAGGCCAACGUAUUUCCGAAUUAGAAAUCCACACUCUAAUCGCAAAGCUUAUCAGAAACCACAGAGUCGAAUGGCAUCACCCCGAUCUGAUGAUAGAGAGCAAGACUUUAGAAACCCCGGCAUCCUCUCUAAGAUACAAGAUUAUAGAGCUAAACAAUUAA